UUGUAUACUCCGUCAAUACACAUUGACGAAACACUUGCAAAUGGUUUGACUGUUCCAAAGUCGAUUAAAAUUAACGAGACACAAUGUUCACUUGCUUUAACAAGAUUUACAAACUCUUCUCACGGAUUUGGUUUAGACUUUGGUCAUAACAGGCAGAAACUAGCAACUGAUCAUGAAAAACGUUUUCAUUGUGACUGCGGGGUGUCGUUUAACAACGAAUCAACAUUAAUUGGCCACAAAAAGUAUUACUGCAGAAAUUCGACAGAUCAUAAUGAAGUAUUUCGGGAGCCACAGCGUAAAGUGUUCAUUGAAGAAAAACUUGGGAAAUCAAGUGCUAGUCAAUUGGCACAACAUGUUCGCUCUAAUCAUGCUGCUGUUCAGGCUUAUAUCUGCCAACUAUGCGGCUAUAAAGGAUACUCACAUCGUGGCAUUCGUUCCCAUUUAAGAUUACAUGAGCUCUUGAAAUAUUUUACAAAAUAG